CAUGAAAGUGUCCUUACAAGGAAAGUUGAACUUGGGACUACUUUUUCUUUUCUUUUGUCAUCACUGUCUCCUCUGCUUUUUGUGGACGUCUCAUUGAUUAUUUGUUCAUUUAUGAACAUACAGUAUAUCGACAAUCAUCAUCGGGGUCACCACCUUUCCAGCAAGCACGAGAGAGGCGUGCGCACGCUGCGGUGCCCGCCUCAGAGGCAGUGGGAGGCGGCGAGCUGAGCGACCCAUGAGGUGGGGGACAUGGAGAUGCUCCGCCGCUCCUCCGUGUUCGCCGCUGAGGUGUUCGACCGCUCGCCCACCGACAAGGAGCUGGUGUCCCAGGCCAAGGCUCUGUGCCGGGACUACAUCCAGUCCAGGUUGAGCCGGGCCGGGAUAGGAUGGUCCAAGCCUGAGCAGACCGGGCUGGCUGCUUCUUGGGGGACUCAGGGGGAGGUCUCGGCGGUACUCUUGUGGUUGGGUGAUGAGCUGGAGUAUCUUCGCCCCAAUGUCUACCGCAACGUAGCGCGACAGCUCAACAUAUCGGUGGCGUCGGAGAGCGUAGUGUCGGAUGCCUUCCUGGCGGUGGCGGCGGACAUCUUCUCCACAGGUGUGACGUGGGGUAAGGUGGUGUCCCUGUACGCUGUGGCGGGAGCGCUGGCGGUAGAUUGCGUUCGCCACGGCCACCCUGCCAUGGUCCACACCAUCGUGGACUGCAUGGGCGAGUUUGUCCGUAAGAGUCUGUCCACAUGGCUGAAGCGACGAGGCGGAUGGCAUUCGAGAGGUCAUCACAUGCUGUCAAUCCUCACUUGUCUUGUGGCAGGCGGACCUGACUAAAUGUGUGGUGAGCACCGAUGCCAGCUUCCGCUCUCACUGGCUGGUGUUGUCGCUAUGCACCUUUGGACACUACAUCAAGGCCAUCGUGUUGUACCUCCUCAGGGAGAAGUAACAAAGGCUGAUCGCCAUCUUUGGAUUGUGUUUACACUAAUUUGCACUGAGCUCUCAUCAUGGCACACACACACACUUCCCCUUCCUGCACCUUGUGGGCUCAAUUGUCUAUUUAUUGUAGUAAUAUGGCACAACUUUGGUUAGAAAGUGUACUUUUUAAAAAUAUUUUGUUGUUCCGGCAGAACUGCCUAUUGUACUGCUUUAACCUGGUUUCAUCCAGGUUUAUUUGUUUGGUCAGAAUAAAUGGAUGUGGUUUUCCUCUGCUUGUGACUUUGGUCACUGUGAUAUUUUGCCUCAUAUUGC